AUGCACUCAUCGCUGGGCAUGCAGAAGAAGCAGCGACUACGGGAGGAGAGGCCAGCGGAUGCAACCUACCGUCGCUUGCACGUUCUGACCCAGAGCACUUUGCAUCUGCCAGAUUCAUCACCCGCGCCAUACAAGCUUACAACGCCAGCGCCAGCGAUAUGCCACUAG